AUGGAGGUGUUAUACACACCUGGAUAUUCCAUAGAACCAGGGGAAGUCAAAUACUUGAAAAUUCCACGUAGGAAGAGAGAACAGGAGAGAGAACCGGUGAAAGAACAGGAGAAAAAACAGGAGAGAAAACAAUUUGGAGUGUAUAUGCAAUUGUCAGAGAUAUUCGAAUUUCACAUGGCGUUGGACAGCUGGUGGUUCAUAGCAAAUGUCGAAAUGCCCCAAUAUUUAAAAGCUCUACCAAAAAUUUUACGAUUCAAAUUUCCCCUAAGUGAAGAUGAUUGGGUUAUUCACAGUUCGCACAAGUCACACAAUAAUUUUUGGCUUUACCCUGGAUAUUUUUGCUUUAUUGGAACUUAUCAACAAUUAGCAAAUGCCUUUUUUAUCCUCACAGUACUGUCAUGUAACCCUAGCAAUAGAUACAAACCACCCAUACUCUUAGGAUCUUGUAUCAUAUCCUUAAAAACUGUGACAGAACACCCUUUUUUUAAAGGCAUAGUAAAAAAGCUAACAUUAGACAAGACAAAGUUCAGACAGGGUGAAAUUGUGGGGAAUAUAAAAUGUUUUGUCAACAGCUAUGGGAUAGAUGAAGGAGACAGUAAUGUGCAAAGACCGGUUCAACCGUUAAGUGACGCUACACUAGUAAACCAACUUGUUUUGAAUGAUCAUUACUUAGUGAUAAGAAUAAUAAAAUGCGAAAACCUAGCCAUCAGUAGCAUAGAUCUAAACAACGUGAAUAUAAACGUGUGGGUGAAAUGGGAUGGAAUUGUUAACAAAACAGAUAUAGUGUCGAAAACUACUUCUCCCUUUUUUUAUCAAAACUUAUAUUUCCCCAUACGACUAGUAGAUAAAAAAGAAUUAACACAUGAAAGUUUAAUAAGGAAUGUAUUGCCAAUUGAUUUAAUUUCCAAGGGAGAAAUAUGUUUCGAGGUUCAUAACAAUAAUGAAAUUUAUUCAACAAUUUUAGGAAUUUUUGAACUACCCUUUGCUGACAUAUUUAAUUAUGGAACACCUGAUUACAGAUCUCUGGCUCAGGAAAACUCCCAAAGUACCUCCAUGUACAAUGAUUAUAAGGAUAAUUAUGACAUGUCAAAUGGGGGAAUUAACAUUUCAAGUGAUAACUACGACGAUUAUUAUGUACGGAAAUAUAAAACUGUUGUAUACAAGAAUACCUUAGAGUUAAUGUAUUCUAGGGUUCAUUUGAAAUCAUUAAAUACAGAAAAUAUACAGACGAAGAAGGACUCAACAAUUUCGGUAGAAGCCUUUGUCAUUCCCCCACUCCCCAGUGGAUUGGUCUUUGUGGAAGGAAACAAAAUUCAAAAUUCUUCUACAAUUUACAAGUCUAUGUCGAAGAGGUGGGAAAGAGACUUCAACAAAUUCAAGGAUACAUAUAUACAGUGGUUCCCGAGGGCAAUUAAAAAUAGGAGUUACCCGUGUGUGAGCAGAAAUGACUUUGAUAAUAACUAUUACCCUCUGUGCAGUUUCAUCACUUCGAUUAAUUUACCUGCUCAAGUAUCGACACCUGGCCCUUUAUUUCACUGGAUUAACAACAUUGAGUAUAUUGAAAACGAAGAUGAGUCAUCCAUUUUCACCCCUCCGUAUUUUUUCCUGUCAUAUAAGAAAGGAACCAUACAGGAUCAUGCCCUUUUGCUGUGCUGCUGCUUGAAGGGUUUGGAGUAUGAUGCAUACGUUUGUAAAGGAACAAUAAACAAUGGGAAUAAGGAGCACUACUGGGUAAUGACGAGACAUGAAAAUGGAUGGGUAUGUUUCUGGGAAGUGACAAACAAAUGUAUUAUACAUUUGAAGAAUAGGUGGAAUAAUAAUAACUUUUUAAAAAAUUCUGAAAUUAAUACACAAAAGGAAAUGAUCAAUAAGGUAAAUGAUGGCAACGAGGAAAGGUAUUACAGUGGGGAAUAUUUAAUGAACUUUAUUAGAUAUGGAUUAGAAGAACUAAAAAUGAGAGAAAAAGAAAUAAAAGAGGAAUAUAACUUGAAAGAAGAAAACCAAUUAUAUACUAUGGACUUAUAUGGAGAAGAGCAUAUGAAAGAUGAACAAGUUGACAUAGAAGAAAUAUUACAUAAUGAUGAAGAAUUUUUUAAUAAUAUGUUUGAAGUAAAAUAUGAAAAAAAUGAAACUUAUAAUUGUAAUAAAGCUUUAAAAUAUCUAUUAGAAAAUUUUUCCAAGUAUAUUCCUAUUUCUCCAAAAGUCUUUUUAAUCGAUUAUGAAAAUACAUUAGCUUAUGUUCCUUAUUCAUCCAUCGAGGUUAUUUUCAAUGAUGAACAAUUGUAUGGCAAUAUGCAGAACCAUCACCCUGCCUGUAUUCUCUACGAUUUGGAGAAUAACUAUCAUUGGAGACCUUUUCUCAAUCAUUCUCCUGUUCAUAUAAAGAAUGAAAUUACCAUUUCAACACCUCUCAGUGAUAAGCUUUCGAUAAAAUACACAAAAGACUUAGAAGAAGAAAUACAAGAAAUGAUUCUGUUCAUGAGAAAUAAAGAAGGUCUUGAAACGAACUUUGAGUAUUCCAAGGAUAUAAGAUGCUUUUUAGAAAUGUAUAUUGACUUAUGUGAAUAUAAAUUAAAUCUGGAUAAUAAUUAUAACCCAAAACCAGAAAAUUAUGAAUGGGCUGAGGGAUCAGAUCCUAAGGUGGUGACCGUUGGGGGUGAUGUAUUUGCAGAUGUAACACCUGAAUCAUUGCAGGCACAAGGAACAGGAGAUAGAAGAGAAAAUAUGAAUCAAAUGGAAAAAGGUGAAUUAAGAAAAACGUGGUCUCAAUACAAAAAUGAUUUCUAUCCAAAUAUUGAAGCACAAUAUGUAAAUAAAGAUAAUUUAAAUUUUUAUGAGUCAUAUCACCCGAAUGAAAAUAUGAAUAUGAUGAAUGUGAUGAAUAUGGAACAAAAAAAGCAUUUGACUAGCAUUCCACAGGAUUACGUUUAUGGUAUGAAUGAUGAGGUGUACAAUAAUGGAAAAGAACAAUAUAUAAAAAAUUAUGUUUUUAAUAAUGGCCAUGCUGGUAUAUUAAAUGACUAUGAUGAUAAUGUAAAAAAGAAAAAUAUAAAGCGUUUCAGCAAUGCACCGGUACAUUAUCAAGAGAAGGUCGAAUAUAUGAAAGAACAGAUUGUGCAUGCACAACCCAGGGCUCAAGUAGAAGAGCAGACCUUCGAGAAGUUUACUAACACUGUGUCCAGUAGUGAAGACGAGAGUAUCAAGCCACAGAAGGAUGAGGAUGAUAAUGAUGACAGCUGCAAGUGUGAUGAUCAUCAAUUAGAAGGGGCAAAAUUGAGAGAAAAAGUGAGAGAAAAAGUGAGAGAAAAAGUGAGAGAAAAUGUGAGCGAAAAAGUGAGGAGAGGAAUCAAGCAGGAAAAUCAUUACACCAUUCCAAAUGCAGAGGAAGAAGGUGUCCAGAACACAGAGAAGCUAAGCAUCAACCUGCGUGAUAGCAAUGAUAAUUCUGAAGGAGAUACGACUAAAAGAGAUUUAAAAGAUGAUGAAAAUGAAGAAGAAUUGUAUAAAGAAAUAAAAGAAAAAUAUUACUAUGAUGGUGAAGAGGAGGAGGAAGGAGAGGAUGAGAAGCAACAAUACUGCAAUAAUAGCACAAGCGUGCAAAACAAGUUUAUCAACAAGUAUAACAAAAAAUAUAGCAGCAUGUUUAAACUUGAAAAAAAGUUAAAGCUGAAAGAAAAGCUUAUGAAGGAGGAAAUGACCGAUAUUAAAUUGGAACAAAAUUUCUUCCAACAUAAUCUCCUAAAUAAAGAUGCAUUUUAUGGUUUUGUAGAUACGCAGGUGUUUUUGAAAAAUUUAUUAAGCAAACACAUAUGUACAAAUGGGGUAAAUGAGCCAAUGCAUAACGAGUUCCACAAUUUCAAUGCACCAUCUAGCGACACGACGAGAUGUUUAAAAAGUGAGUGUACGUUUAAUGGUUACCUCAUGAUCCCAUCGAAAGGUUCUUAUUCUAGGUGCCCAUGUGAUGAUAAUUAUGACCAUAUCGAAGCGAAACAGUUAGAUGUGAAUGAAGUUGACCUUACUGUUGAGGAAACAUUAAGACAGGGAGAGAUCUCAAACCAUGCAGCAGAGAUAUACAGGGGUAGCGAACCAGCAGAGGAACAAAGGGGUGGAGAACUGAUGCGAAGGAAUGUUAGUAGACCAUUCCCUGUGAACCAUGUGAACCAUGUGAACCAUGUGAACAAUGUGAACAAUGUGAACACUUCGAAAUUGCAAAUAAAUAGAACCGAUUCGAAGACCACAAGAAAAAAUAACCCUGCGUGCAUUAAAUUUAACAAACGAGACAGGAGAAAGGGACACCUAAUUAAUCAGAAAUUGAUGAAAUUGAUCCAGAAACAUAAAAAAUUACGUCAAAUUGGGCAAAUGGAAAAGGAAAGAUUGUAUCACAUGAGGCAUUCUUGCAAAGGUGAUGAUGCCAUUCAUCGCGAUGAUGAUGAUGGUAUAGCUAGUAUGAAAGAAAGCUUGAUUAAAUGCAAACUUGUUCUGUUAAGACAUGAGUUUAGGAGAAAAAAGAAAGGUCAUUUAUGUUUUAAGAAAAAUUCAUGCCAUAUAAUAGAAAAAGUGAAAGAGAAAAAAAAGAGCUUUAUUUUACCUAAUGAUAAAGAAGUAGUAGGAAUAUCGCAAGGGAGGAAAUUAUUCCUUUGUGAGAGCCAUCACCAGAUGUAUACAGAUCCAAAUUUGUUUGAUACAGGAAGUAAUCCAUUGGGGGUAUACCAGCAGAAUGACGAAAAAGAGAAGAUAGAAAAUAAUUACAGAGAGAAACCAAUGACAUCAAAUAAUUAUGCAAUCAACAACAAUGGCUAUAUGAUGAAUGCUGACAAUUUUCAGAGAACUUAUUAUGAAAACGUGCAAGGGAAAAAAAAUAUAAAUAAUAGGCUUGAUGAUAAUGUCAAUACUCAAAAUGAUGAAAUACACCUACAUGGUUUAAAUGAGCAGAAAGAAAAAAAACCCACAUUAUUCCCUCCAAAAACUUGGAGUAGAUUAGAUUCCACCUCCAAGUAUGUUGCUCAUCAAAUUUCUCAAUGGAACUGGUAUUAUGCAUUGGUAAGAUUGCACAUCUCGAUUUCGCAACAUGUUGUAAUAAACAAAGUGGUGAUUAUUACGGGAAGGAGGCACUUGUUCUUUUUUCUCCCUCCCCUCCGAUUGCUCUCACCUAAAAUAAUCAUUUCUUUUUUUGUGCAUCGACUCGCACUGUUUGCGACACGCUUCUAUUUUGGACCUCAGGAGGAGCAGUAUUUUAAUUGGCAAUACUACAAAUUCCCCGUCCCACAUAACCAUACGUUUGUAGGAUUUCCUAUUCAUUUUUCGACAAUUGAUUUUUACGAGGUCAAGUCAUUUUUGUUACAUUCUAAGCGAUUUGAAAAUAUAAUGAAACUAUCCAUAGACAAUAUUUCAUUUUUCAUAUAUUGCAAAGUUUAUCCUUUAGUUGGAGGAAUAAUGUCAAAUUGGGUAUUUUUAGGAUGUUUGGUACCCUGGAUGACUGCACAAGAGAGAGAAACUAAAAUGAAGAAACCUCUGAAGAAGGAUUUUAACACGAGAUAG